UCUUCAGACUCACCCCGGGGCAAGAUGGCGGACCGCCUAACUCAGCUUCAGGACGCCGUGAACUCCAUGGCCGACCACUUCUGCAACGCGGUGGGGGUGCUGCAGCAGUGCGCGCCCCCCACGUUCUUCCCCAACACGCAGAGCGCCGCACACAAGGAGGUGCCGCUCGCCGCCUCCUCCUCCUCGCAGGAAGAGUACUCCCAGCUGUUUGCGACGCUGAUCGCGCGCACGGCCAAGGAUAUUGAUGUCCUCAUCGACUCGCUGCCGAGCGAGGAGUCGACCGCCGCCCUGCAGGCCGCGAGCCUCCGCCGCCUGGAGGAGGAGAACGUGGAGGCGGCCGCGCUCCUGGUGGAGGUGGUGGGGCGUGGCGAGGCGCUGCUGGCGCGCGUACAGGCGGCGCUCGCAGACAUCGCCGAGUCCCAGCUCAGCACCAGACACUCCCUCCUCGCCCCAUCACCAUCCUCCACCUCCACCUCCUCCGGCACCGCGGCUACCGGCCCGGCUACGGCGGCUACAGCGGCCGCGGCACCGGCGACAGCGCCGGCGGUACCGACCGCUGCCGCCGCCACUGCCGCCGCGCCCGAAACAACGGCGCUACCCCCGCCACCGCCGCCAGCGAACGUCAACGCUUCGCAUCAGCAGCACCAGCAGCAGCAGCAGCAUCAGCAGCAUCAGCAGCAGCAGCAGCAGCACCAGCAGCAGCAGCAGGAGGGGAAGGGGACAUCCGAAGCGCUGCUGGAUCGGUGAAGCGGCAUGAUGAGCGUGGUGGGCUGCGUGCCGUGCGAAAGAAGUUCCACGUUAGGAGGGGCUCCUCCCUCACGCGAACGGGUUGCGUUCCGGAGGUCUGCGUGCGUAAGUCGAUUUCGUAAGUCCCAACUUUCAUCCUCGAGAUUCCAGAUGCAGCUGUGUGCGGCGUGGACACUGAGCACGGGGGAAUGGUUUCAAAAGUUGUAUAAUUUACUAUAGA